AUGUCUGGAAUACCCGCGCCGCCUGGUAUCCCAAUUCUGGGAAAUAUCUUUGAUGUCAACCCCAAUGAGACAUGGAACUCACUGGCUAAGUUAGCCAAGGAAUACGGUCCGAUUUUCAAGAUCAAUGUGCUGGGUCACCAAAUCGUUUUUGUUGGCAGUGUCGCGCUUCUCACAGAAAUCUGCGAUGAGACACGGUUCCGCAAGUGCGUAACUGGUCCUGUGGUGGAGAUUCGAUAUGCAGUGCAUGACAGCCUUUUUACUGCUUAUGACGAUGAGAAGAGCUGGGGCAUCGCCCAUCGCAUCAUGAAGCCGUACGUGACACAAGAAGCGACCGAUGCCAACUUUAGCGACUUGGCUGACGUCGUCCCGGACAUCACCAAGAAGUGGGCCUCUGCGUCAAAGCAGCGUGUUAAGGUGUCGGAUGAUCUGGAUUUAUUGCUGCUGGCCUCAUGCAUGAAGUGCUUUUUCAACCAGCGCGUACAUGUUUUGGGUGAAAAGGAUCAAACGCAGCAAAAGGCCUGGGAGAUGGUACAGGCUUGGGAGGGUGCGACUAUGGAGGCAAUGAAGCGACCGACGCGCCCGAAAUUACUGAACUGGCUUUACGGGCGCAAGUUCUCCGACUUCACCAAGACCAUGCGCGCCUACGCUUCUGAUGCUGUCAAGCAUCGGAAUAGUAACCCAGACCUUGCACGCAAGGAUAUGAUGGAUGCACUGUUGAACGGCGUCGACCCGGAGAGCGGAGAGAAGCUCAAGGAUUCACAAGUUCUAGAUGAGAUCGUCACAAUUUUCAUCGGUGCUGCCACUGCUGCCAAUCUUAUCACCUAUGCGAUGUAUUAUCUUGCACAGAACCCGAGCGAGAUCAAGAAAGCCACCGAUGAGAUCGAUUCGAUAGUUGGAGAUGGCCCGAUCGAACUCACGCAGUUGAAACAACUCCACUACGUCGAGGCCAUCCUCCGCGAGUCGAUCCGACUGUCAGCGACCGCACCGGGCUUCAACAUCGAGCCCAUACCGUCUAGCGAUAAAGCCCCUGUUGUCCUAGGUGGUGGAGAGUACAACGUCCCCCACAACCAGCCCCUGAUUGCCGUACUGCACGCCGUCAACCGAGACCCAGCUGUCUUCGAAUACCCAGAAGAUUUCCGACCGGAACAAGUGCUCGGCGAGAAAUGGGACAAGCUUCCUGCAGCGGCGAAGAAGGGCUUCGGGAACGGGAAGCGCGAGUGUAUCGGCAAGGCGUGGGCGUGGGAAUGGUCAUUUUUCACUCUGGCCAAUAUCCUCAAGGACGUGUCUUUCGAGCUUGAGGACAAGAACUAUAAUCUUCACGCUAAUGGUGCCUUCAGUACGAAGCCUUUGGAUAUGUUUGUGAUUGUUGGUCCUCGCCGGAAUUAA